AUGGGGGCAUACAAAGCUCUCAUGAUGUUUGAUAGUGUUCGGCAUGUUGAAGAGAUAUACACUUUCAACAUGAAUAGCCUCCUACAAUGUUUCAUAGUGUACGGAGAUGGGAGGAGUGGGAGCAUAGUGAAACCCGAAGAGUGUGGCUCGAAUGCUUCGGGGUUCCGUUACACGUAUGGUGGGCCGAGGGGCUUAUCAGAUCAUUGCCCUAUAAUAGUUGAGGACAAGAAGUUGACGGAUGGUCUAAGGCCGUUCAGGAGCCUAGACUCGUGGUUCACACAUGAGAGUUUUCUCAAAAUAGUAAAGGAGGAAUGGAGAAGUCUGGGGGACAAACAGUUCACAGAUAAAUUGAAGGCUUUGACAGCUCCGUUGAGGAGAUGGCAUAAGGACAAUUUUGGAGAGAUGGACAAGAAAAUUGCAAAGUUUGAGGAAGAAAUUAAGAGAAUUGAUGAUUUGGUAAGCAAUGGAGUGUAUGAUGGUACGAUGGAGGCUAGAAGAAAGGCGCUAGUUACUUGCUGUGAGAGAUGGUAUGUAAGAAAAGAAGUCCAUUGGAAACAAAUGUCCCGGUCUCGACACGUGAGGGAUAUGGACAAAAAUACAAGGUACUUCCACAAUAUAGCAUCAGCAAGAAGGCGGAAUAAUAGGAUUGAUACACUGGUUAUUAACGGCAGACGGGUCAAGAAUCUAGCCAGAAUAAAAAUUGCUAUAAGAGAUUUCUACAAAGAGUUAUAUCAUCAAGAGCGGUCUCCUAUACUUGGGUUCAGAGAUGGGUUGGUGGAGAAGAUAGAUGAGCAAGACGCUGUGUCUUAA